AUGCUUUCAGUUGCAUGUAAACUUCAUCUGUGCAACCUGUCUCAUUUGGUAUGGUUGUGUAAACAACACUACUCACCAGAAAUGGAUGUGCAACCUCACUGUGAGUACUCACAUGCCAGAAAUGGUGUGAUUUAUAUUCAGUUUUUUACUUUGUAAAAUCUAUUUGACAUUGUAUAAUUUUACUAAUUCUGAUGGCAGUUAAAUAAUGUCUAUAUUAAUUGAUUUAAUUUAAAAGCCUGAUAACUGAAAUUAUUUAGCUUUUAUUACUUCAAAAGAAUUCACAAUAAACUCCACAAUUAAGAAUCAAUAAUCAGUAUUAUUUAGAUCACAUAUUUAGUAAAGGAGAAAGGUGUUUAUUAAUGAUACUUUGUGAUAAGGAUCUUAAAAUUAUUACUUUUGAUGUGUAAAACUUGUGUAUGUAAGUUACAAAGAGAUUGUUAAAGAUGGGAAAUCUUUCUUUUAAAUUUACAUAACAAUGUGAAAAGAUUCAUUUUUUACUUAUUAUUUAUUUUACUAAUUUUUUAUGUGUGGAUAAGAAUUAUGAUAUAUCAUAACGUGAGGUUCAGGCAUUCAGUUUUUGAGAAGUAGUUCUCAACAACAUUUUAUUAAAGCCAUGAAGUAUAUUAUUAUUAUCUCUACCUUCUGCAGAUCCAUUUUUUACCAUAGAAGACUUUCACUAUGGUGUGAGGAGCAUGGACAAUGGAGUUAUUGGCUCACUAUGCCAAACUGACAUUUUGGUAAAUUGUUCAUUAAAUUAAUUUUAUACAACUUUUUUUUAUUUACUUAAAGAUUUUUAACAAAAAACUAAAUGGGAACACAUUUAUUUUAGAUUUUGAAUACUUAUACCUAUUAUUUACUGUAGGUUUUCCUGUUAGCCACUGUCCGUUGUUCAUCCCAUGAGGUUAGUGAUGUUAGUUCUUUGAUUGACAAUGCAUGGCACAGAUUUCCAAUGCCAGUUUGUCUGACUCAGGAUCUAUGUACCCCAGAGCAAGCUGAAUGGUGGAAUGCAGCUUAUAGCUACUGUACUUCAAAAUACAAGUAAGAUUUAUUUUAACUGAUAUAUAAUAAGAGGAAGGCAAUUAUUUGUUCUUCAAAUGUUUAAUAAUUUUAACAGUUUUUCAGUUUUUAUCAAUUUUAUGAAAAAAAAAAAAGUCAUUUGAAUAAUUUACAGCAAAACAAAAUAUUUAAUCAUAAGAUAUUUAUUAGUACUUACAAUAUAUUAAAAACACAAAUUUCAGGAUUAUUUUGCCGAAGGGAAAAAUUAAUAAAAGUUUUUGUGUUAAGAAUUUUUGCAUCUAAACAAAUGUACUAUUUGAACAGAUCUGAAUUUCUUGAUAUAAGGCGAAUCCUGGUCAAAGGGAUUGAAACUGUCCGGCUAGUUGGAACACACGGCAUGUCUGUACAUAUGAUGGUCCACGUUGCGAGGUCACUGAGCGCAAAGGUUAGUGGAGUUCUUAAGAAUUGAUGUAGCUGAUUCAUGUUUUAGCUCCCGUUAUUUUAAUGUGCCAUUUUGAAUGGUCUAGCAAUUUUGUUUCAUUUGCAAAUAAGUCAUUUUUAUUUUAGGGGAGCCAUGUGUGAGCCUGGCAAUUAUAGAUUGAUUAUUACAAUUUUUUUACACUCCAGUUUUUUUGCACUAUAAGUCAAACUUACUUAUUCUGCCCUAUCAUUUAUUUAAUUAUUUGAACUUAAGAUCAAUCAAACUGGGUCUCAUCACAUUUUAAGAAUGUAUUCAGAGUGCUACACUAAAUAUUGUUGUGGGGUUAUGUUGUUUUUUUGGUGGGGAUUUUUUAAAAUAAAUUUUUCCACUAAAUUUAAACAUUUUUAAGCUUAAAUUUUUAGUUAAAAAAAAAAAAUUCAAAGUGCGUUUAUUUAAUAUGUUUUGACGUUUAAAAUUUUAUAUUAUCAACAUCAUUUUUUGGAUGACUUAUGAAUUCUAUAGAGCUAAAAUUUGGCUAUAGAAACUUAUGAAUAAAUAUGCUUUUAAAAAUUCAAUAUUACAAUAAUUAAAAUUGUUUUUUUUUUGUUGUUUUUUUUAAAUAAAAAGUUUUAAUGCAUAUCGAAUAAAAAAGUCAGCUACAUUAAUAAGGGAAAGGCUAAACUAUUUCUUAUACACUAUGUUUGCUGUGAGUAAAUUCCCUAAAAUAAGUUUCCUAUAUUAGAAACAAUGUGUCUUAUGGUUAGAAAAAUUUUUUACAAACUGGUCAUUGUGCUAAAAAGCACACAUAAGAUUGACAGCCUACAUUGAAUAACAGUUCAACUUAUCAAAUUUUUACACAAUCAUGUUGCUUCUUUCUUUAGUUACCAGUCCCCACAACUGUUUGGUCUAUAACUCAUAGAAUAUUGGAUUUUCAUCAAAUAAAUUCAAAUAGGACAAUCACAUUCCACAAAUGAAUAAUAAACAAAAUAAAAUAUUUAAGUAAAAAAAAACAACUACAUUGCCUUUCCAUGUUAGAAUAUUACCAAAUUAUAUGAAGUCUUUAAUGAAAGCUUUUACAUCAGCUUCAAAGUUUAGUCUACUUAAUGUUAUAAAAAUUAAAAUUUUAACUUUGUAAAAUGCUACAUUAAAAGAAAAGUGUGACUACUUAAAACGAUAGAUUCAUAGAAAAUAAAUUAGAAUGAUAUCCAUCCCUGUGGCCCUACAGCACAUGUAGGGUUCUGGCCUGCCUCACUGCUUCCUUUCACUCAGACCAAACUAACUUAAAAUCAUAGAUUCAUAGAAAAUAUAUCAAACAAAUUUCAGUACGUUUCAAAAAGCAAUUUGCCUUGGAAACAUGUAAUAAGCUGUUGGGGCAAAUUUUAAAUUAUGAUUUUAAUAUUAUAAGGACUCUAAAUUUUUGGGGUACAAAUUUUAUUCUACAGGUAAAAGCCUUGCAAGAAGUUGGAAGUGAUUACAAAUGUCC